AUGAGCUCUACCCAGCCCGAUCAAGGUGAAAUGUCGAACGCCGAAAUAAGAGAGCAGUUUGAGGCGACCAUUGAAAAUACCAGAAGCACAAUUUCAACUUUUCUGGAGUCUAAUCAUGGCGUGUUUGAAUCGAAGGAUUUGUUCAAACUUGCGGAUGAACUCGGCCCUCUGGAUGGAACCGCUGUUCGUAAAGCAGCUAUUGAAAUGGAGAAAGAUGAAUGCAGAGCAAAAGUCGCUGCAAACAUCCCAGAAAACUUUGAAAAAUUAAAUAAACUUCAUCAGGAUAUUAUUGUGAAAUUAAUGGAAAGUAUGCUCCAACAGCAGUCACUAAACCGUGCUGAUGAUGCAACCGUUUCUACUUGUCUAGCCGCCUCUGUCGCCGAGAAAAGUGAAGGAUCAGAAUCACCAUCAAGCCAAGCAAAUGGUGAAAAUAGUGGGAAGCUUGUCAACACUGGAGUUUCUUCUCACGAGGACUCCAACAAUACUGAUGAUGCCCGUUUGGAUUUCACUGCCAAACACAUUGACCAUCAAGAGCAAGACGAUGAACAUGUUUCGGAAAUCUCAGGAACUCCACGUUAUUCAAAUGAGGUAGAAGAGCAACCAAUCGAAGAACUUGAAGCAGUGGAAGUAGAAAUGGAGUGUUUGGAGGAAAUCAGUGAACCACAUUCGACAGAACAACAAUGUUCUUCUAUCCAGGUUCCACAUACACCUUAUGAUGAAUGGAUGAAAACUCAGAAUACUGAACCGGUGGAUCACUCUGAUGAUACUAUCCCAUCGAACGACGAGAAUGAUAAUGAUGCCACUCCCGAACAAGAGCCCAUCGAGCAAAAUGCAUCGACUCAGAAAGGAACUCCCAUCAAAGACCAUAAUAGUGAACGAUUGCCUCAGAUAAAAAUACAGAGAUUCCCAUUGAAACCAACCAUCGCAGAAAAUUCUUCCGAGACUGUGAAUGAUAGCAUGGAAGGCCCAUCGACAUCUACUGCAACUCAUGAAUCAGCCGCCAAGGCCCCAGAGGAAAUUCCUAAAAUAAUUGUGUGCCAUUGCUGUAAUGGAGGAAGAGCGAGAUGGAACAGCCCCAACUUGAAAUGCGAUAGUGAAAAAAAGAAGAGUUGCCGGAUCAAGCCGAACACCAAGUAUUUCUUCCGCACUGAAGAUGAUGUUCAGAAGAAUUUAUGCGAAAAGUGCUACAAUGGAAUUUCCGCUCGACAAAAAGCCCUCUACCAGCCGUGGACAAAUGAAACAACGGACAUGGAAGAACUGUACCGCUGCCCAACAUGUGAAAACUACUUUCACAUUGCAUGUGCUUUGUUUCUUGGAGAUGAUCUUUCAAAAUUCAUAUGCCGUGCUUGUGGUACUUGCCGACCAUUUGAUUUCCAACUCCUACGAAAACUGAUUCCGACGAAAAUGGCCAGAGAAAUGGAGCGCGUUCUGAACGAGCAUGUGUGGAGAAACGGAAAAGAAGGCGAUGACAAAAGAAAUCACAUCUAUAUCCGCGUUCUUCACUGUGUGAGACAAUCGUAUACUACCAGUGACCAUGCUCCUGCCACAUUUUCCACGGAAUUCGAAGAAAAGUAUGGCGAGGAGUUUCAAAGUGUAAAUCGAAUGAUUUGCGCUUUCCAGGAGAUGGAUGGAGUGGACACCAUAUUUUUUACGAUGUUUACACAAGAAUACGAGAGACAUGGAAAGGAUAUUAAAGAGAAUGUGGCAAUUUUAGAGUUUUUGGACUCAGUGCCAUUCGUGCAACCAGCGUCGCGAAAAGGAGAGAUCCACCGGACCAUAAUUGCGUCGUAUUAUUGGUAUUUAAGUACGAUUGGAUUUACGAGAGGACAUAUCUUUGCAAAUGCGCCCGUUCAGGGAGACGAUUUUGGACUACCCAUCCAUCCCUCCGACCAAUUCUACUUGAGCCAAGGGAAACUCGAGCGAUUUUACGGUGGUGCUUUGGACCUUGGUGUUCAAAACGGUUUGAUAGGAGAUUUCAAGACGUUCGAGGAGAAGUUCGGAAACAAAUUGGCGGAUGUGACGGAUCUCCCAUUCUUCCCGGAAGGUUGUUGGCCGGUAAAGAUGAAUUGGGUGGAAUGGGAAAUGGCACGAAUGGCAAAAGUGCCUACCGGUGAUGCCAGGAAAAGGAAAUUUCUAGAACUUUUGAAACCGUAUUUAAAGAGCCACAAGAAGGAUAACUUUUUUAUUGAACUUCAAAGUGCAUUGCCUCCCAAUGCUCCAAUUGAUUGGUCGCAAGAAGUUAUGAUGACCAGCUCGACUGGCAAUCGCGAGGAAUUUCUUCUUUUUUGUUAUCAGAUCCACUUAGAGUUUCGCGAUGUCCAGCAUGCUAUGUUUUCAUCAUGCGUGUUGGCAACUAAAUGGUUGGAGGAUCAGAAAAAGAGAAUGGCGAAAGACGAAGAUGAUGAGUCUACCAGCGAGCCGAAGGCAAAGAGAUCAAAACAUUAA